AGAGAAAUCCAAAAUUUACCCUGACUUGGGACCCGCUGAAACAAUUACCCGAAAACAAGCCCACCCGGGAUCACCGCUACGUCUCUGCGGUUUCCGUCUCGUUUCAAUAGAAGUCUCUAGAACACAAUUUCCCUCCCCCCUUCCCUCUAGUCUCUCCCCACCUUCGUCAGUAUAUAUAUUGUAUCGAUCAACGGCGUCACAAGUCUUCGACAGCCUUCUCGUUUGCCCAAACAGCUUCGCUCGUUUUCGUUUCGGAUUUGUCUCCAUCGAAGCUUUGCAAUGGCGCCUGAUCUGGCAAACCAAGCCAGAGAAGCAUUCGUCGACGACGACUUCCGCAGCGCCGUCGAUCUCUACACGCAGGCCAUCGACCUUAACCCUAAGAGCGCCGAUCUCUACGCCGAACGUGCUCAGGCCAACAUCAAGCUCAACAACUUCACUGAAGCUGUUGCUGAUGCGAAUAAAUCAAUUGAGAUUGAUCCUUCAAUGGCCAAGGCAUACCUUCGGAAAGGCAUUGCCUGUUUCAAGCUGGAAGAAUACCAUACUGCCAAGGCAGCACUUGAGAAAGGUGCUUCUUUAUUGCAAAAUGAUUCAAGAUUCAGCAAGCUGAUUUCGGAGUGCGAUGAACGUAUUGCAGCGGAAAGCAGUGAUCUGACUAGAUCUUUGACACCAGAAGUUACCUCAAUUGCUGCACAAUCAUCAGACAAAUUGGUUGGCAAUCUUGAAGAAGCUGAAGAAGGGCGCAGCGAAUCAUGUCAGAGGAAAGAGGUGGAACCAGCCAAACCAAAAUAUAGGCAUGCAUACUAUCAGAAGCCAGAAGAAGUGGUUGUAACAAUAUUUGCAAAGGGUGUACCAGCAAACAGCGUUUCCAUCGACUACGGUGAACAAAUACUAAGUAUUAUGAUUGAUGUUCCUGGCGAAGACAAGUACCAUUUCCAGCCACGGCUGUUUGGAAAGGUCGUACCUGAUAAGUGCAGGUUUGAAGUAUUGUCAACCAAGGUUGAAAUACGACUUGUGAAAGCAGAAGCAAUUAACUGGCCGUCUCUUGAAUAUAGCAAGGAAGUUGCUGUACCACAUGUAAAUGCGUCCCCAGCUUUAAAGACUCCGAGUUGCCCAUCUUCAAAACCAAGGACAAAAGACUGGGAUAAGUUGGCAGCGCAAGUAAAGAAAGAGGAGAAGGAAGAGAAGCUAGAUGGUGAUGCAGCUGUGAAUAAGUUGUUCGGAGACAUAUAUCAAAGUGCGGAUGAAGACAUGAGAAGAGCCAUGCUGAAAUCUUUUGUGGAAUCUAAUGGGACAGUCCUGUCAACAAAUUGGCAAGAUGUGGGUUCAAAGAAGGUGGAAGGUAGUCCUCCUGAUGGUAUGGAGCUGAAGAAGUGGGAGUACUGAGAUGUCUUGAUUCGAGUAAAAAAGAAAUCAAUGUAUGUUUUGACUUGGUGGGAUUCUUCUAGUGGCCUUUUUUCAGGUUUCUUUCUGUCAUGAGUUCUUGCUUUUGGUAUGUAACAAUCUUUUUUGACUUUACGAGUUUGGGAAAGGAAUUGC